GUUCGAAGCUUGUGGUUGAUGCCGAUCCAGGGAAGGAAGUAAACAGUGGUGAGGCGAUGGCCCCGGUGGAGGCUGGCAGCGAAGUCAACGAAGACGCGAUACUUUCAACUGAUCCCAAGGCUGCAUCUCCUUCAAGACCGCGAAAACGAGCUCGAACACUCAAUCACAACGACCUGCGACCUUCCAUCGAGACCAAGCUGUCGUCGAGACGGUCCUUGCAAUCAUUGAGACGAACGGCCACAGAGGGCAGCACCGAAGUGCGCCCCUGGAACAAGGAGGACAAUUACACUUGGGCGAAAACAGGACUUGACGUUCACCUUGGACUGAGGUCGCCAAAAUCAGUCUGUCGCUCACCUCAGGGUGGUGCAGGGGGUCUUUGCAACUCCCUGCCAACCUCUUGUUGUGAAGGAGAUUCAACCCCCUCUCACUUUGAGUCCGACUCCCCUACCACCUCCACCGACCUCACCCUCCUCAACCCCAUUCCACACCCCCAAAGUCUUUUCCCACAUCCACAAAGCCGCCUUUCGAGGCAAAAUUCUCAAACCAAAGGAGUGGACUCGCGUUUACCCACCGAGGGUAAAACGGCACGAACUCGGACUCGCUCCAAGUCCCUUUACACCCAGUCUCACAAAGUGGGCGAACGGUACCCUACCACAUCUUGCUCCCCACCACCAGAGUACAACAUCGACCAGGUGGGCGCAAACCACAGUCAGAUCACAGUCGGAAAGGCCGACGAGCAGAUCCUGCUGGACAAUAAGGGUAUCGGAAAACUCAUCUUGCGCAGCAAAUCGACGCGCAACACAUCACCAAUCACUAUCAGUGAGAACGGCAACAUGAGCCAGCAAAUUUCAACCGCCCGCGAGUAUCGCCGCCAGACUUACAGCGGAGCUCAAGGAAUGCCCUCGUUUGCCUACCGCCGCAAGCGAAUCGUCGAGAAGAUCAAGAAGCACUGGCGAAAAGGCAUCAAGAGGAUCACUCGCCGAUCCUCUACCCAUCAAGUGUUGCAUGAUCCCAUUGGUACGUCGCGCAUGUGAUAUCAUCCCUCCCAAGGACCGGGUGGUUCUGGACCGUAGUGUCCACCCGCCUUCAAAAGGCUCGAAAGGACAUGAGCUUUGAUCACUGCACAAUGAACAUUCUCUUACAAAGACAUCCAGAUCUGCAAACAAAGAAAC